AUGAAUCAUUCAAAUGCCUCUGUAUUUAGGAUACAAAAAAAUCAGACUGCUGGAGUCACCUUCAUCCUCUUGGGCUUCUCAGAAUAUCCAGACCUUCAGGUGCCCCUGUUCCUGGUCUUCCUGACCAUCUACACAGUCACUGUGCUGGGGAACCUGGGCAUGAUCUUGGUCAUCAGGAUCAACCCCAAACUCCACACCCUCAUGUACUUUUUCCUCAGCCACUUGUCCUUUGUUGAUUUCUGUUAUUCCACCACCAUUACACCCAAACUGCUGGAGAACUUGGUUGUGGAAGACAGAAGCAUCUCCUUCACAGGAUGCAUCAUGCAAUUCUUCUUUGCCUGCAUAUUUGUGGUGACAGAAACAUUUAUGCUGGCAGUGAUGGCCUAUGACAGAUUUGUGGCGGUGUGUAACCCUCUACUUUACACAGUUGCAAUGUCCCAGAGGCUUUGCUCCUUGUUGGUGGCUGCAUCAUACUCCUGGGGGAUAGUCUGUUCUCUGACACUUACCUACUUUCUCCUGGAAUUAUCCUUCAGAGGAAAUAAUAUCAUUAAUAACUUUUUCUGUGAGCAUGCUGCCAUUGUUGCUGUUUCUUAUUCUGACUGCUACGCGAGCCAGAAAAUAGUUUUAGUUUCUGCCACAUUCAAUGAAAUAAGCAGCCUGAUGAUCAUUCUCACCUCCUAUGCUUUCAUUUUUAUCACUGUCAUGAAGAUGCCUUCCACUGGGGGGCGCCAGAAGGCGUUCUCCACGUGUGCCUCCCACCUGACCGCCAUUACCAUUUUCCAUGGGACCAUCUUUUUUCUCUAUUGUGUUCCUAACUCCAAAAGUUCAUGGCUCAUGGUCAAGGUGGCCUCUGUCUUCUACACAGUGGUCAUCCCCAUGCUGAAUCCCUUAAUCUAUAGCCUCAGGAACAAAGAUGUCAAAGAGACAGUUAGGAAGUUAGUCAUUACCAAAUUAUUAUGUUAUAGAAUGUAA